AUGGCGCCUCUCCAGGCCGACGACAUGAGAGUGUUGGGCCAGGACCCCCUCAUUCCGCCUGCCCUGCUCAUUUCGGAAAUCCCAAUGACGGAUGACUCCCUCCAGACGGUCGUCAGGGGGAGACGGGAUGCUGUGAACGUGAUCAUGGGCCGGAGCGACCGCCUGCUAGUCAUCGUCGGGCCCUGUUCUCUUCACGACCCCGCUACCGCCAUCGAGUACGCAACCCGCCUUAAGGCGCUCUCCGAGAAGUUCUCAGACGACCUUGUUAUCAUCAUGCGCGCCUACCUCGAGAAGCCGCGGACAACCGUGGGAUGGAAGGGCCUCAUUAACGACCCGGAUAUUGACUCGACCUUCAAGAUCAACAAGGGCCUUCGCAUCUCGAGGCAACUCUUCCGUGAUCUCACUUCGACUGGCAUGCCGAUUGCCAGCGAGAUGCUCGACACCAUCUCUCCUCAGUUUCUGGCGGAUUUCAUCUCGGUUGGUGCCAUCGGCGCGCGGACGACGGAAAGCCAAUUGCACCGUGAGCUCGCCUCGGGUCUGUCUUUCCCCGUUGGCUUCAAAAACGGCACCGAUGGUAACCUGGGCGUCGCGAUUGACGCGAUUGGUGCUGCCGCCGCCAAGCACCACUUCAUGGGCGUCACCAAGCAGGGUCUGGCGGCCAUCACCAGGACAAAGGGCAAUGAGCACGGCUUCGUCAUCCUGAGAGGCGGCUCGAAGGGCCCCAACUACGACAAAGCCAGCAUUCAGCUCGCAAAGGAGACGCUGAUUAAGAAGGGCCAGAAGAUGGCGAUCAUGGUCGACUGCUCGCACGGCAACUCGAACAAGGACCACAGGAACCAGCCCAAGGUUGCCAAGGUCAUCGCCGACCAGCUCCGCGAGGGCGAGACUGCAAUCAUUGGUGUCAUGAUUGAGUCGAACAUCAAUGAGGGCAACCAGAAGGUGCCGCCUGAGGGUCCUGCGGCGCUGAAGAAGGGUGUGAGCAUCACCGAUGCCUGCAUCAACUGGGAGUCGACCGUUGAGGUGCUCGAGGACCUCGCGGCCGCCGUUCGGGACCGCAGGAAGCUUACCGCGGGCACCCCGAAUCCCGAACCGCGGACGACUCCGCUUGAGGAGGAGUAA